AUGUGCAUGCAAGCCCGACCAGAUAAUUGUUCUUUUCAACCUCGAACGGGAAAUGCGAUCCCCCUCAUUCUAUCCGUUUCAACCUCACCGGACAUAGGCGUUGCUACGGGCAUUCUCAGAGAUGACAGCAAUAAUCUGGUGGACGCAUAUCCCUUUCUCUCAACAAGUGUCAUAGUCCAAGAAAACAUCACGGCACUGCGGAAGAGCGAAGAGUCGAUGACAUUGGACUCGCUCGUGAAUCAAGCUCCAAACUGGCUUCUUUUCCGCGUCAAGGAGACGUUUAUCACACAGGACGUGCUAGAACGCGUUUCCACUCCCCAAAGUGCGACAUGUAUACGCAAAAAACGCUGGUGUAGCACCUCUUGCCUGAUUGGAGCAAAAAGUGUGGUAGUGCGAUGUGCGUUAGAAAGGCAGCCAGACAUGCACUGGCUUGGUUCUGUGUUUCUCAGUACGCGAGCUGUGGGAGUUGAAAGAGGAAAGAGACAAACUCCUGUUUGCGCUGCCGGGAGAGACCGAUUUCGCCUAUCGCCUGAAGAUAGGGAUCGAGUGGCAGAGCAACGUCUCAAAUUGUGUAAGUUAAAUUACCAGUUAGGCUGUCAGUUGGCCAUAGGUCCGUCCCCCGCACUUUUGAUGCAGCUAAUUUUACAGCGAUACCACUGCAAGCAAGGCUAUUGUGGCCCAUUACUCCUGUGUGUCAAUGCAGUGGACACGCUUAAGCAAAAAAUGCAAAUGGAUGGUCAGCUCCUGGAUUAUUUCGGUGCAAUGCAAUGGAUGGCUUGUCCUUCAGUGGCACAACUAUUCAUCUCAAAACACUUGGAAAGCUCCAAUGCCUUCCGACCCAAAUCUGUGACCCGCCUCUUCAGUUUGCAUCACCAGCGGCUACUCCAAUUGGCGGAGGCAUCGCUCGAGAGGUUGCUAGCUGUUGUGGCUUUGCAGUCCUCUGAUGCUUGCAAAGCAGCGGGGAAUAGUGUCAUAUGCAGACAAGAAGCCCAGCUUACGUCAUCGACUGUUGAUCCCGAUGAUCCACGAUUCGAUGUACCAGAGGAUCUGCAACUUCUUGCCAGCCUUCCGAAGGCUAGAGGCAGUAAGCAAGGUCCUUGGUCACUUUUACAUUUGCCAAAGAAGGGAAAUCCCCAAGAGCCAUGGACACUUGACGCUUUCGUCAAGGAAACGAACCACCUAGGCAGAGGCCUACUAGCCUUGAGAGCUCUCCAGACGUAUGAGGCAUCCGUGCAGUAUGUUGGUACAGGCCGCCAGAGCGACAAGGCAACUCCCAAUGCGUACCUCCUCUGCCAGACGUUAUGGACUCGGGCAAGAGAGUUGCAUGCAGGCAGCCAGGCCUUCGCGAAUGAAGUAGAGAGCUGGAGAAGAGGUGGAGAUGAACUUGGAUCUGUUCUUCUGGCAUUGCUACAGUCAAAUCCAAUGUGGGGCCUCCCCAAUAUCUAUGCGCCGCUAACGUCAGCCUGUAUGCAAGCAGCGGGCGUUUUGCACUCGAUUAUAGAAGAAUAUAACAACAAGGUGGGAAUCUUCAAGCGCAUAGGGGCAUCAGCAGUUCAUGUUGGUGUCGCUUUGGUGAAGCGUCUGAUGGGAAAGAAGCAUCGCAUAGCUCGAAAGCCCUCAACGUGGCCAGACCUUGAAAGACUCAUGCAGCACGCAUGGGUCGUCAGUCUCGGGUCCUACCGGGGGGCUCUAGAGGUAAUUUACAGCCUAGCGACUGAGUUUAGGAAGACGUUUCUCGCGCCGAACGUGGUCGCACCAUUUUCCCUCAAGCUUAUGACGGGAGGAAUGCUUGCCCUCUGGUCACAAAGGCACGCACAAGAAUUUUCGUUUAAUAAUAGACAAAUAUCUGCUGCCAGGAAAACGUUCCUCCUGGCGGCCCUACUACACGAAAAAGGCCACAUUGGAUACGCUGUUGAUCUAGUAAUGGAGGUGGCCGACAAGCUACUCGGCGUCAGAUCUGUUGACUUUGGGCGUGUGUCUUACUUGGGAAACUUUGAGCUUCAGCUUAAUGGAGCAGUUUCAGCUCUGUCAAAGAGAGGUCAGGUGCAUCUGACUCGACAGCACUUGGAGGAUUUAUUUAUUGAGUUGUCAGCAGGAGCAGAAGACCCAGUAGAUGUUAUACGCAUGGCAGUGGACCUGGCGAACACAUUACUAGCAACGAAAAAUGUCCACAAGGGUGCUCGUGUGCUGACUGGGGCCGUCUUCAUGCAAACAGAGGCUUCUGUUCGCUUUCACUGCAUUGGCAUUCAGCGCUACCUGACCGAGAUAAUCAGGAAGGACUUGGUUAAAGAGACGCCUGAGAGCGUCAAAGCGUACUUGAAUGCUCUUUUUGCUACAUUGCAGGUGGCGAAAAUCAGUGAAGUGAAUCAAACGAUAAAAGGAACACUUGCAAAAAAUGGUGCCCAGCUUGACAUCUCAUGCCCCUUUAUGAAUACUUUUAUUGAUGAGGAAAAGACUAAAGAGAGGCAGACGAUGAUAUCCAUGGCCGCAAUUGGCGCGCAAUGGUCCGGCACUCACAUCUUGCGUGAAAUUGUAACGAGCGAAUUGGCGUUUAUUUCUCCAUCAAACCCAAUCGCUGCCAGAGCUUCGAUAGCUAAGAGUAUGGCGAAAAUAAUUAGUGGAGGCACACACAAAGCGUUGAACGAAUUAAGGCCAACAGCGACCGUGGAAACAUGCUGA